GCCAUCUACAUGAAGGUUUAAGGUGAUCGAAAGAAGCUUCUGUUGCAAAUCAAACUUGGUCUUCGCAUUAGAAGCAGAAACGUUAAAGAAUAAUUAUGAUGGCAAGCAAAGGUUGGAAGGUAGUAAAACCACAUGUACCUAUGAUUAAAUUUCGCAAGGGUGGAAUUAACAGAGGUACAACCACACCGUCUACGCAAUCAGGGCCGACUAUGUCACAACAGAGUACUGGUGCAACAGGGCCUAAUGUGGUUGUUUUACCAACGAUAGAAGAUAUUUUUCUUCCUCCACGAUAUCAAAGACGACCUAUUGAUGAGAAAGAAAUUGCAUAUAUUAAUAGAGGUGGACCAGAAUAAAUUCCUUAAGUAGUUUAUAGGGCACUUCACCAAUCCUAGAAUAUUUUAAGCAAGUAAUUUUACUAUUAAAUUUUUUCUGUAUAAUCUAUUCUGUAAAUAAA